UUGGGAGGAACUGGGAAAAGAUGGCAGCUUCCUUUUGUUUGUGGGGAUUUGCUGUGCUCCGAGGAACGAUUUAAGGACAUUUUUCAGCAGAUUCUUGGCAUUCUCGAGGCUCCUUAGUGCCUGAUACCUAAACCCUUGAACCAGGAGAACAUGGAGAAGAGCGGGAGUAUCGACAGUUUGGGCUCGAAGCGCUUCUCUUCCCGACAGCCAAGUGUUGAUUCAUUGUCCAGCACUUCCACCUCUCGGUCUGACCGGUCGGCCCAGGCCAAACCUCCGUCCACCAUGUCCUCUGACUCGGUGUCAACGUCUGCAGAGCUUUCUCCGGAGCUCAGGGUUAAGCCCAAAACCCCUGCCAAGCAGGUUCUUAGAGAUUCAGACAAAGAAGAACUACAGUUACUUCCAAACGAAAUCAUUCAAGACACUGCCCAAGAUAUUACCUACUUCUGCCCUUUUACUGGAGCCCUGAGGGGAACGGUGACGGUUACCAACUACAGGCUUUUCUUUAAAUGCAUGGACAGGGAACCGGCGUUUGUUCUGGACUUGCCUCUCGGGGUGGUGAGUCGCGUGGAAAAGAUCGGAGGCGCUUCAAGCCGUGGUGAUUUGUCCUAUGGGCUAGUGUGCAAGGAUAUGCGUAAUCUUCGAUUUGCACACAAACAGAUGGAGGACACUCUCAGGAAGUCGAUUUUCGAAGUGCUGACCAAAUUUGCAUUUCCUGUUUCCAAUGGUUUGCAAAUCUUUGCAUUUGAAUAUGGGCAAGUGUUUCCUGAAAACGGAUGGAAGGUGUAUGAUGCGGUCUCAGAAUAUAAACGACAGGGUAUACCCAAUGAAAGCUGGAGGAUAACAAAAGUAAACGAUCACUACGAGCUUUGUGACACCUACCCAUCAACUCUGGCCGUGCCUGUCAAUAUACCAGACGAAGAGCUGAAGAGAGUAGCCACAUUCCGAGCGAAGGGAAGGAUACCGGUGUUGUCGUGGAUCCAUCCAGAGAGCCAGGCCACGGUGACACGCUGCAGUCAGCCAAUGGUUGGGGUGAACGGGAAGCGCAGCAAAGAGGAUGAGAAAUACCUCCAGGCGAUCAUGGACGCCAACGCUCAGUCCCAUAAACUCUUCAUUUUCGAUGCCAGGCCCAGUGUCAACGCUGCUGCCAACAAGAUGAAAGGUGGCGGAUAUGAAAGUGAGGAUGCAUAUCAAAACGCUGAGCUGGUGUUUCUGGAUAUUCACAAUAUCCACGUGAUGAGAGAGUCACUCCGCAAGCUGAAGGAGGUGGUCUACCCCAAUAUUGAAGAUUCCCACUGGCUCUCCAAUCUGGAGUCCACUCAUUGGCUCGAGCACAUCAAGUUGAUCAUGGCAGGAGCACUGAGGAUUGCCGACAAAGUGGAGUCCGGGAAAACGUCGGUGGUGGUGCACUGCAGCGACGGCUGGGACCGCACAGCUCAGCUCACCUCCUUGGCAAUGCUCAUGCUGGACGGAUACUACCGCACCAUUCGCGGAUUCGAGGUGCUGCUCGAGAAAGAGUGGCUGAGUUUCGGCCACCGCUUCCAACUGCGUAUCGGUCAUGGCGAUAAAAACCACACGGAUGCAGAUCGUUCGCCUGUUUUCAUUCAGUUCGUUGACUGUGUCUGGCAGUUGACUCGUCAGUUUCCUGCGGCCUUUGAGUUUAACGAGAACUUCCUGGUAACCAUCCUGGACCACCUGUACAGCUGCCUGUUUGGGACGUUCUUGUGUAACAGCGAACAGCAGAGGCUGAAGGAAGAGAUUCCCAAAAGGUCAGUCUCCCUGUGGUCCUAUAUCAACAGCCAGCUGGAGGAGUUUACCAAUCCUUUGUAUGUCAACUACUCCAACCACGUGCUGUUCCCUGUAGUCAGCUUGCGCCACCUGGAGCUUUGGGUUGGCUACUACAUCCGAUGGAACCCUCGCAUGAGACCUCAGGAACCCGUCCAUCAGCGCCACAAGGAGCUGCUAGCAAAGCGCGCUGAGCUGCAGAAAAGAGUGGAUGAGUUACAGCGAGAGGUGACCAACCGCUCGGCCUCCUCUUCAUCUGAGCUGCCGGGCUCCCCCACACGCUCCAUCACCCCAGUGCAGACUUUUGUUUGACGCAACGUGAGCCUCAUGGCUGUCCCAAGAAGCUAAGUCCUUCCUGUGAGAAUGUGCCAUGCAAUAGGAAUAAGUCGGCCAGUCUUGGAUUGGCCUGCGUUAUACACUACCACCAAAAGUCUGAAGUAGCAGAUGACUGUAUCUGCAUUGCUCACAUUUCAUGUAGAGUCUACUUGGAGCAGAAGUGUCUGUCUCAGACGGCUUUACUACAGCCAUAUUGUUCUCUUCUUCCAGGGCUGAGAGGACGUGCAACCACAACAGUGACUGUUUAGAAAAUCCGCCUAUACACAAUCAGUGUUUUUAUAAAGUACACUAAAUAUUACUCGGGUUAAAUGUUUAUGCCUUAUGCACGUCAUAGACACUCAUUCCUUGAUAUUCAUUUGAAAACACUACAGCUGAAGCAAUUGUGUAGAUGUGCAGUGUCACAAGAAACUAGCACUAACACUAACUGUCUUGGGAGCUGUUAAAUAUUCAUUUAAAAUGUAGCUAAAGGGCUGUAACAUUCGCUUCUUCUAGUAAGUAGAGUGCAUUAAAAGAAAGUUGAAGUUUUCUUCAGAAAUUAUUCCUAUUAGAUUGUUGUGACCAAAUAAGUUUUUUUUUUAUGUGUAUGUAUGAUAUUCCUUUCACUGAGGGGAUUUAAGUUUUAUAAGUUUCAUUUUUCUAACUAGUUUCUGACAUUAUUUAUUAUACUUUACUUCAGACAAACAUUCUCUGACUCAAUUAAGAGAUGUCUCCAUGCAAUAUUAAUAAGCUUCCAAGAAUAUGCAACAGUUCAUUUGUCCCGAAAGUCAUUUACUAAGAAUAUUUAUGUGUGAAGAUUUCUUGGAGAUGGCUUUUAAAACAGAUACUCGCUUUAAGGGCAAUAGAUUGUGUAACACCACUAAAUGCUUUGCUUAGUUUUUUAGUUCCAUGAAUCUGAAGUAAUAUCUGUGCCUUGUUCUGAAUAACAGGGAGGAUAAGUAAAGGAUAGAGUGAACAGUUUGUAACUGCCCAUGUUACAACAGUGUUAGCCUUUCCGCUGCACAUGUUAAUAAAUGGAAUAAACGAGCAUUAUCAUGGCAUGAACACCACACCUGCCAGUUGAUUUCUUGGGUUUAGCUGUUUCAGAUUAACUCCAUAACCAUAUCAUCAAUAAUUAGAAUCGGGAUCUUGUCAGAAAGUCUAAGAUAUAGAGUGCCUUUUAUUACAAAUUAGAAAAGAUUGAGUUUACAGUGUAACUGUGGGAUUGUCCAACGUGACAAGAUAGCCCAAUAUAGCUCAUGGCCCAAACGCAAUCUGUUUCAUUUUAUACCGUAGCUUCAAGAAAUCAUUUACAUGUUGUGAGUCAUUUUACCCAUUACAUUUGUUUGUACAUUUACAUUGACACCAGUCUUGAAAAACUGGAAUUCUGAAGUUGAAUUUGAUGAAAGUGAUUUGCUGCCAUUGUGCAUUCACAUGUCAAACUGUGUUAAAAUAUUUAAUAAAAUCAUAUAUACUAUUGUCAAA